AUGUUGAGAACUACUGUUAGAUCUUCUUUCUUGAAGAGAACUAUUGCUACACAAAUUGCUCCAAAGUCCAUUGUCACUGAAUUGAGUAACGGUGUUGUUGUUGCUACCGAACCAAACCCAAGCUCUGCUACUGCAGCCGUCGGUGUCGUGUUCGGUUCCGGUGCUACUGCUGAAAACCCAUACAACAACGGUGUUUCCAACCUUUUGACUAACGCUUUUGUUGCCUCUUCCGUCAAGGAAGCUCACAAGUUGGGUUUCUCUUUGGACACCAAGGUUGACAGAGACUACCAAUCCUACAUCGUCAACUCUCAACCAGGUCAAUACGCUAAGGCCUUGGACUUCUUGCAAUCCAAGCUUCUAAACCCAGUUUCCGACGCUGUCUUUGAAUCUACUAAGGCUUCUACCUUGGCUUCCGUUGCUAAGUUCGAAGAAACCGAACACGAAGAACGUGUCUUUGAACACUUGCAUGCUACUGCUUUCCAAAACACCCCAUUGUCUUUGCCAGUCAGAGGUACUGUUGAAUCUUUGGAAGGUUUGGAAAACAUUGACUUGACCAACUUUGCCCAAAGCCAUUUCAAGUCUAGCAACGCCGUUAUCGUCGGUACCGGUAACGUUAACCACGAUGAAUUGGUUAAGGCUGUUGAAACUAAGGUUUCUUUGCUAUCCGGUGAAAAGCCAGUUCAAAAGAAGAAGUCUUCUUUCUUGGGUUCUGAAGUCAGACUAAGAGAUGACACCCUACCAAAGGCCUGGAUCUCCAUUGCCGCAGAAGGUGAAUCUCUAUCUUCUCCAAACUACUAUGUCGCUCAAGUUGCUGCUCAAGUAUUCGGCUCCUUCAAUGCUGCUGAACCAGCUUCCAACUUGCAAGGUGUUAAGUUGAUUGACGAAGUUAACGAAUACCACAUCUGUGACUCUUUCGACCACUUCUCUGUCUCUUACAAGGACUCCGGUUUGUGGGGUUUCAGAACCACCAUCUCCGACCCACAUAACAUUGACGAAACUGUCCACUUCACCUUGAAGCAAUGGAACAGAUUGACAAUCUCUGUUACCGAAACCGAAGUUGCCCGUGCUAAGGCUCAAUUGAAGUUGAAGUUGGCUUCUCAAGCUACCACCAACGCUGCUGCUGCUAACUUGUUGGGUGCCCACACUUUGGCUAUCGGUGCUAAGACCGGUUUGUCCGAAGCCUUCGCAAAGAUUGACAAGAUCUCUACCAAGGACGUUAAGGCUUGGGCUUCUGAAAGAUUAUGGGAUCAAGACAUCGCUGUUGCAGGUACCGGUAAGAUCGAAGACUUGCUAGACUAUGUUAGAAUGAGAAAUGACAUGAGUAUGAUGAGAUGGUAA